AUCCGCUAUGGGAGGGAGGAUGUGUCCCAGGCUGAGAUUGAAGCUGCCACGAAGGAAGCAAACGCAUACGAUUUCAUCAUGAAACUACCCAAUAAAUUUGAAACCUUGGUUGGCAACAGAGGCACACAACUUAGCGGAGGUCAGAAACAAAGAAUCGCAAUUGCUCGAGCUCUGGUCCGAAACCCCAAGAUUCUCCUGCUGGAUGAAGCAACUUCAGCACUGGAUACUGAGAGCGAAGUGAUUGUGCAGAUGGCACUGGACAAGGUGAGAAAAGGCCGGACCACUAUGGUAGUGGCCCAUCGCCUGUCUACAAUUCGCAAUGCAGACAUUAUCGUUAGCUUUGAGAAUGGAGUGGUCACAGACCAAGGCACGCACAGCGAGCUAAUGAGCAGAAAGGGGGUUUACCAGACCCUUGUCACUAUGCAGGCAUACACAGGGAAAGACAAAGGGCUGGAUGCUGCAGAGGAGGUUGUGGUAGAUGAGAAGAGCCAUUCCCUGGUAUCGUUAACUGGAUCGACACUGUUCAGAAGUUCAAGCCGGCUGAGUGGAAAAACGCCAGAGAAGGAUCUGGAAAGCAAAGUUUAUGAUGAGACAACUGAGAAUGAUGAAAAGGUGCCGCGGGUAUCUUUUUUCAGUGUCCUCAAACUCAACAAGACGGAGUGGCCCUAUCUGGCUUUAGGAACCUUUUGUGCCCUUGUGAAUGGAGGUAUCCAGCCUGCAUUUGCCAUUAUCUUUUCCAAAAUCAUAGGGGUUUUUGCUGAAACAGACAGAGAAGUGUUGCGAUACAAAGCCACAAUGUUCUCAUUAUUCUUUUUAGCAAUUGGCGGGGUUUCAUUUUUCAGCUUAUUCUUUCAGGGUUUUAGCUUUGGAAAAUCUGGAGAAAUUCUUACAAUGAGACUUCGAUUCAAGGCAUUUAAAGCUAUGCUGCGACAGGACCUUGCCUGGUUUGAUGACCCUAAGAACAGCACUGGAGCCUUGACGACAAGACUUGCAACUGAUGCAGCUCAAGUGCAAGGGGCUACUGGUUCCAGGCUUGCUACCUUUGCUCAGAACGCUGCCAACCUUGGGACAGCCGUGAUCAUUUCAUUCUUCUAUGGCUGGCAGCUCUCUCUCCUCAUCCUGGCGAUUGUGCCAGUGCUGGCCAUUGCAGGGGUGAUGCAAACAAAAAUGCUGUCGGGGCAUGCUGAGAAGGAUAAAAAGGAACUGGAAGUUGCUGGAAAAAUUGCCACAGAGACCGUGGAGAACAUUCGAACCGUUGUUUCAUUGACCAGAGAAAGAAAGUUUGAAUCCAUCUAUGAGGAAAACUUGGAGGUCCCUUACAGAAAUUCACAGAAAAAGGCUCAUGUCUAUGGCCUGACUUUUGCCUUAUCCCAGGCAAUGGAAUACUUUGCAUAUGCUGGCUGCUUUCGUUUUGGCGCCUACCUGGUGACAAAAAAAAUUAUGAAUUUUGAAGACAUGUUUCUUGUCAUUUCAGCCCUUGUGUUUGGCGCUCUUGCAGCAGGACAGGCUACUUCUUUCGGUCCCAACUAUGCCAAGGCCAUAGUAUCUGCAUCCCACUUGUUUAUGCUGUUAGACAGAGUUCCAGCCAUAGACAAUGACUCUGAAGAGGGAGACCAGCUGAAACAAGUUGAUGGCAACAUCAAGUUUGAAGGUGUCGUGUUCAACUACCCUUCCUGCCCCGGCGUGCAGAUAUUGCAGGGGCUCAGUUUAAAGGUGAAGAAGGGACAGACUCUGGCACUGGUGGGUAGCAGCGGAUGUGGGAAGAGCACUGCCAUACAGCUGCUGGAAAGGUUCUAUGAUCCACUGAAAGGCAAAGUGAUGCUGGACAACUGCAAUAUGAAGGAGCUUAAUAUUCAGUGGCUCAGGGCUCAGAUGGGUAUUGUAUCCCAGGAGCCUGUGCUGUUCGACUGCAGCAUCGCAGAGAACAUUGCCUAUGGUGAUAAUAGCAGGAAUGUGACCCAGGAGGAGAUUGUGGCAGCAGCUAAGGCAGCCAACAUUCACUCCUUCAUUGAAGGACUACCUGAUAAAUACAACACCCAAGCUGGUGACAAAGGGACUCAGCUCUCUGGUGGACAGAAGCAGCGUGUGGCAAUUGCCCGUGCACUCGUCCGAAAUCCCAAAAUCCUGCUCUUGGAUGAAGCCACAUCAGCACUGGACACAGAAAGCGAAAAGAUUGUGCAAGAGGCCCUGGACAAUGCUAGAGAGGGCCGCACCUGUAUUGUUAUAGCACAUCGGCUGUCCACUAUCCAGAAUGCUGAUAAGAUCGCAGUGUUUCAGAACGGCCAGGUGGUGGAGCUGGGGACACACGAACAACUUCUCUCCAGCCAGGGCGCAUACCAUUCACUUGCUAAUGUCCAGAUGCAACACAAAUGAAUAAGCCAUGAAAACUAAGACCCUAUGCAGGACCCCUAGCAUUACAGUUUACCAUGUUUACUAUGCUUUUACAAGCAUAGUGAAGUCUAUCCUUCAUUUGUACAGGCUCCUCCUCAGACCUUACCGAGUUUCACCAUAUUGUAAGGAAUACAUUUUCAACUGGCAAUUUUUUUUUAUUUCAACUG